UAUAUCAAUUGAUUUUUCCUGUUUAGGGUUGAUAGAUUUGUUCUUCCCGAUUUGCCAAAUCUCUGAAUUGAUAAAAUUCAUCAGGAACCAUAUUGAUUUUCUGCUCAAAGAAUGAGUUUUGCGGUGUUUUUUUUAGGGUUUUUUUGCUAAACUUCUGUAAAAGGUGGGGUUUUUUUCAGAAAAUCCCACAAUUGAUUAGAUAGGAUUAAGAAAUGGGGGAAGAUUUUCUGACAAGCUUAGGUUUCGAAAACUGCCCACCAUCAACAUUCUUGUCAAUGGAUUCAAUCGCCACCUGUCACGAAGAAUCGGACCGAGAUAUGAAUCGGCAGAAUAUUCUUUCGGGACCACCGGAUAUCAAUCUGCCGUUUUCAGUAGAGCAAAGCCCUCCCCCUCAAUUGUGGAGCACCGAUUCGCUUGAUAUUCUCGAUGCUGGUCUUGGAUACCAAGCCAUUGACUCGGAUAAGCUUCUCGAUUUGCCUAAGACGGGUCGAAAGUGUGCUAAGAAAUUGGAUAGUGUCUGGGGUGCUUGGUUCUUCUUCAGCUUCUACUUCAAGCCCGUUUUGAAAGACAAAUCGAAAUGCAAGAACAUAGUCAACGGGGUUUCGUCGGGCUUCGAAAAAUCCGAUCUUCAACUCGAUGUCUUCUUAGUGCAGCACGAUAUGGAGAACAUGUACAUGUGGGUUUUCAAGGAUCGGCCCGAAAAUGCACUCGGUAAAAUGCAGUUGAGAAGUUACAUGAACGGUCACGCUCGUCCAGGUCAGCGUCCGUUUCCAUUUAGUGCCGACAAGGGUUUCGUCAGGUCUCAUAAAAUGCAGAGGAAGCAGUACAGAGGACUCUCUAAUCCACAGUGUUUACAUGGUAUUGAGCUCGUUCCAUCGCCUAAUUUUACAGCCCUCGACGAAGAAGAAAAGAAGAAGUGGGUCGAAUUAACGGGUAGAGAUCUCAGCUUCUCUAUCUUACCCGAGGCGAAAGAAUUCGGUUCUUGGAGAAAUCUCCCAAAUACAGACUUCGAACUCGAAAGUUUGAAGAAUAACAACUCGCACACUAAUCCCACAAAGAAACUGCUCAACGGGUCGGGUUUGAAUUUAUCAACUCAGCCACUAAACCAAGCAAUAAACGGCAAUGGAAUCGAUCUCUUAUCUAACAAGAAGAGGAAAGAUUUAUUCGAAGAUUGUUUCUUGCCGAACGAUCUUAACGGAGAGUUCCACACUGUGGAGCAGCCGCAUUGGUUGAGUGAGUUUAGCGGUGUGAUGAAAUAUGUGUACGGACCCGUAACUGCGGCUAAAACUAUAUACGAAGAUGAAGAAAGAUAUUUAAUAUUUGUUACUUUGCCUUUUGCCGAUCCGGAAAAGGUGAAAGUGCAUUGGUGGAAUACUCUGAGUCACGGUGUGGUGAAAAUAUCGUCCGUGAGUACUGCUUGUAUGCCGUUUGUUCAGAGAGGCGAACGGAGUUUUAAGCUUACCGAUUCGGCGCCUGAGCACUGUCCACCUGGCGAGUUUAAAAGAGAAAUCACGUUGCCUACUCGGAUACCUGAUAAUGCUAAACUUGAAGCCUACUUUGAUAAGAGUGGAACGGUUCUUGAGAUUAAUGUGCCUAAGCAUCGCGUGGGGCCGGAGGAGCAUGAGGUUGCUGUGUGCCUUCGCCCGCCGAAUGAAUUUGCUUUGUCUUGAAACGAGGUAUUAAUUUAAGUGGGGGGAGAUUAAAGUACUGAUUGAGUAGGGAUUUUACUAAUAAGUAAUGAAAGUUAUACAUAGAUUAUAUUGAUUUUUGACUUGGCUCGAGCUGCUCUUUGCACCUUCUUCUAUUUUCUUUUCCCUAGAUUGUUGAUAGUUUUAGUUUGGGAUUUUAUUUUAUUUUUUGGGGGUAAAUUACCGUUACCCUGAAGUAAGACUAAAUAACUUAGAAACCUUCGUGAUAUUGGUCAUUACAAAUACCCCUGAGCUAUUUCUCCCAAAAUCUUGAAUAUUCGUAAUGAAUUUCCAAAUUUACCCCAGAUAUAAUACCGAUAGAUUUGUCAUUCUUUUUGUUUAAUAAAAGGGUAAUUUAGACAAUUCAUUCAUUCCGUUAAGGUUUCCAACGGGCUGUUAGUUUUAGGGGUUAUUUGUAAUUUACCAAUACUAUAUGGGUUUUUAAGUUAUUUAUCUUGGGUACCCGUAAUUUACCCUGUUUUCUUUUUAGUUUAGAUUCCGAAGUGAUUGAGGAUAAAGGUGAAAUUGAUUUGUAGAUUAUAGAAGUUUUUUUUUUUU